UCUUGCAUCGAGCUUCUGUAAACGUUGCCGAAGAGAACCACCAAAUCUAGUGGGUCCUUCGUCCCAUAAAAUCCACCCCCCCUCCAUUAGUGCUGCCAGGCGGAGUUUUGAGUGCCGAUCGAAGUGAUCACAAUGGUUUGUAGCUCCAUCCAAGGUGGCCUUCUUCUCCCUCUCCACUCCGGUUGUGCAAAAGGCUUCACCUCCCGGACCACCUCCAUCUUUGAGCACAACGCUGCCGGUCUUGCUACCUCAUAUGGUGAAAGAAGCGGCAGCGGCAGAGGAUGCUUAAAGAGCCGGGCUUCGACUGGAGACCUCCGGCCGGAGCUGGAUGAGAACCCGGAGCGAAUCAUAUCUGGAGAAUGGCCUGACAACUUCUCCCUCCUCGUCUAUGAUGACUUCCGUGCUUAUCUCGACUCUCAAGCAAUUACUCACAAACGCAAGUUGUGGCCAUCCUCGCUUCUUGGGGAAGUCAUGUCCACGCCGUUACGGGUGGCGAUGGCUGACCAGAUGCUGGAAGAGAUAGACCACCAUUUUGAGCUCGUCUCGGGGCUUCCGGUGGUCGACAGUGAGCUCAGAUGUGUUGGGAUGGUUUCCAAGAAUGACAGGGCCAGAGCUUCAAAUGGGAAGUUGCUGCCUGUAUCUUUCCAAAAGCAUCUGAUUAGUUUUGAGUUUAAACUUAUGAGGAGCCUGCUAAAGACGAAGGUUGGUGAAGUCAUGUCAUCACCUGCCAUUACGUUGUCACCUCGUAAGACAGUCAAGGAUGCUGCAGCCUUAAUGCUUAGAAUGAAGAUCCACAGGAUACCAAUCCUAAAUGAGGAAGGACAGGUGAUAGGAAUGGUUACCCGUAGCGAUGUAUUCCAAGCGCUAGAAGCUGUGGAAGUUUAGCUCGCAACCUCGUUCAUGGUGAUCACUCUGCAUGCACAUGUACAUACACUUAAAUAAAGUCAUGAAUCUGUAAAUUUGAGUUGUAUAUCGCACUGUUUCUUCUGUUAUAGAAGUGUACCUAUGUUAGACAUCUAAUUGGAACUGGGUGUUGAAAGCUGA